CUAUACUUGCACUGUUUUGAGUAGCCUUUUAAGUGACGUAGGACAACAUAUCACAAAGCAUAUAAAUACAGAGUCACUCCACUUUGUGCUAUGUUAGCUUAUGCUGUCAGGUGUUGGAAUUAGAUAAGAAUGCCGACAGAAGCGUUAAGUACUUGUAGGAUGAGCUAUGUCUUAUUACUUUGUGUGCUUUGUUUUAUUGCAGUGUCAGACGCUGAUCUAAUUCUCAAGACAGAUCCUACUACUUUAAGUUUAAAUCUAAACGAGAAACUGACCAUUUGCUGUGUCAUAACUAACAACAGCGUUCAGCAGUUAACCAAGUUAUACUUCAUGAAUCUAGCCCGUUUAAGCAAAAGCCACAAGUCCGUCUAUGACACCUUGGUGUAUUGGUACAUCAAUGAAUCAAGUCGAGUUGAACCUGCACCACUUUUAAAUAAGCAACUCGGCUUGAUUACUUCAGGAGAAAAUCGCGUCUGCUUGAUUAUGAAAAACGCGACUUCCGAUGACGCCACUUCUUACAGAUGUGAAGUUCACGGUUACGAUGCUGAACACAAAGCUUUGCAAAAAAAAUUCACAAAAGGUUUAGUGAAGUACGUGGAUACCUCAAAAGAGAUCAAGCAGAACGAGACCAUAACUGAAAGAAGUGUUCAUCCUGGCAAGAAUACAUCCUGCUCCUUCAAUGGAAGUCUGUCUGAAAGUAAUGCAGACUACUACAAGAAUCAGAGCCAAACAUUUGAAAUUCUAUCUGCCUUUAUUACAGGACCAAAGCAACAAUGGAACGUAAUGCAAGAUACUAGACGUGUUUCCGCUUCCAGCAGACGUGAGAAUAAGACUGCAGAUCAAGUAAUGUCACAACUUUUGUCUGUCACACUAAACGAACAAGAACGCCCUUAUUUGGAAUGCUUAACUGCGCAGAGACUUUGCGAAGAUCAAAUAAUGUACAUACUGGGGCCAUCGAAUCAAUUAUUCUUUCAACAGAAUAUCAAUUUGAGUUUAUUUGUUAAUACCUCAACAUCCACAAAACCAGAUGUACAUGCUUGUAUUUCCAAUGAAAGCCAACACUCUUUCUUUGGUAUAAUAGGUUCAGAGCUAGAUAUGAGAAUGGUAUGUGCUUUUAACUUGGAUAAGAUUUAUGUGUUUUUUUCAGCACUUUUGUCACCCCAAGAGAUGGACAUUUUCACUUAUAUGGACAAAAAUAGCAUUGAGAUUAUUCUAAAUGAUUUGUUACUUUGCGUAAAUCAAUUAAAAGCAAAAUCUUCAGAGCCAAAUGUGCAAGGGAAAAUCAUGACUGUAUUAGCUACAAUUGAGUCCUUACUUACUGAGAUAAAUUCUAAAAUACUUAGUGGACCUGACAAACGUGCAUUGAACAUCAAAUCUACAUCUGAAGCUGAGAAUGGCAAUGGAGAAGAUAGUAUUACAACAAAUCAUACACAACUUUUACAAAAAAAUACUUUAAUAGAGAACAUCAAACGGAUUAUAGAGCUAAUUAAAAGUCUACAAAGUGAAAACCAAAACGACAAGUUGAGAACAGAGAAAGAACUACUAACAGCCAUCUUGCAAUUUCAAGAGGAUUAUGUCCUCACUAAACAAACAUUUAAUGAAUUUUUAAGUAGUUUAGACAACACAUUAGAGCAAUUCAAGGGCGAAACUCUUGAAGCAGAUUAUUUGUUGCUAGGUGAGAUGCAACUACAAUUGCAAAGAAAUUAUAGUGCUAUCAACAGUUCAAUACACGAAUUAAAUAAUUCUUUGCAAGACAUCCUAAACCAAAAUCUUAAUCGAAUAUCAACGACAAACAAUUUUACACAGCAGUUUAAACAAGAUAUAGAAAAUUUGAGUGACAACACUUUUGAUACAAUGUCGAAAAUUCAAAAACAAACUAUGAAAUAUGAACUUCAAAAAGACCUUAUCUUAAAAAUUGAAUAUUUGGUGGCGGCCAUAGAGAAUGUAAAAUUGCUACAUCAAAACGACCAUUUGAAUCUUUCUAAGUCGCUUCAGAUAUCAAUGAACGAUUUUAAGGAUUACAGAAAAAGUACUUCUGCUGAACUAUUUGAAAUGAAAGACAGAACUAACAACCAAGAAAAGCUUUUAGAAGAGUUAAAUUCUGAUAGUCAAAACUUAGCACAUGACAUCAGAAACAUUAAUGAAACCAUACAAGAAGAUUUAACUGAGCUUUUCGCAAUGUCUCUAGACUUAAAAGAUGAUUUCAACGAAUUUGUUAAAGACUUUGACGAUCACAGUAACCGUUCUUCUGCUGAUAUAUGGAAAAUCCAGGAAGAUCAGGAAAGAAAUUUAACAAUGCUUACUUCUAGCGUUAAAAGUUUUGAAGACGAUAUGCAAAUUAUGAAUUCAACCAUAAACACUUAUUUCGCGAACAUUUCAUCAGAGUUUCACGCGAUAAAAGACGAUUUAUUCAAUUGUGUCAAAGCAUCAGAAAUCGAUGAUCUCAAAAGCAACCACACUUUACAAAACACCACAGACUGUUUGAACAUAAAGCGUCAAAAAGAUUUUGAUAAUCUCAACAUGCUAUUUCAAAAUGCUAACAAAGAGAUUAACACUAUGAAAUCUGAAUCCUUUACUCUUAAAACUGAGGUGGAAAAACUCUCAAAAAAGAAUAAAGAGCUUACUGGCGAAAAUAUAAAUUUAAGACAAUUGUAUAGUCAAAUUAAUUGCGAGAUCAACAUUUUACAACAAUACGUCAUAAAAAACGUUAAAGCUAUCGAAAAUUCUAUUUUCCAUGUUUCCAGUUCCUACAAUGGGCGGAGAUAUUAUCUGACUAUAGAGAAACAAUUUUAUUGUAUUAAAGCAGCUCAAUUUCUAUGUUCUGUAUACGGGGGCUAUCUGGCAGAGGUCAACGACUGGAAUGAAUUGAAUUUUAUAAAAUCAUUUCUUACUUCAAACGAUCCCUGCACUGGGGAUUCAGUUAUAUAUAUUGGAGGCACGGACGAAGUAAAGGAAGGUCGAUGGGUUCACAUAUCUAGAGGGACUCCUGUUGUGAAAGCAUUGUGGGAUAGUGGGCAGCCUGGCGGAGGCAGAAAAGAAAAUUGCCAGGCAUUUGAAAAAUGUUCAUUACUGCAUGAUUACAGUUGCCUUCUCAAAACGCCCUCUCGCAAAUUCUUAUGCGAGAUUCCUGAAUGAAACUUGGCUAACAUUAUUUGGUUACGCAAGGGUAGUUGUAUCUAGGGUACAUCCUUUGCUGUAUGUAUAGGGUUACCAUUCAUCCACACCCUAAGAAAGAGAUAAUACUUUAAAAAAAAAAAGGGACUACACUUCAUUUGACAUCACAGUAAAAAACGAAAUAAAUGUGAAACUAAUACAUACAUUUGUCAAAUAAAGCUACCUUUCAAAAAAAUUGCUUUUA